AUGGUAAUUGCAGUAGGAGGCGCGCAUCCUCCCACUUGUCGCGGAGUAGUACUACAGCUUAGGCUGUAUUGGCAUCGCCCCACAGAGGGAGACCCUGUCCCUCCUGUCCCCGCGGUGCCACAAUCGCCGCUCAUUGCAGUGCAAGGUAUAGGGCACGUGAACAAGAUGACAGCCAUCUUCCCAGAUCCUCAAACUCUGGCCUCAAGUGAACAAAACAACAUCCUAAGAAUGGAUGGUCCCAGGGACCAAGACUCUGUCUUCAGAGGCUCGAGCGCUGACCCAGAAUCUUUCAGACAGAGGUUCAGGUGGUUUUGUUAUUCAGAAGUGGCUGGACCCAGGAAGGCCCUGAAUCAACUCUGGGAGCUCUGUGUUCAGUGGCUGAGACCAGACAUUCACACGAAAGAACAGAUGUUAGAGCUGUUGGUGUUCGAGCAGUUCCUGACCAUUUUGCCUGGAGAGAUCAGAAUUUGGGUCAAGUCGCAACAUCCUGAAAGUAGUGAGGAGGUGGUAACCCUAAUAGAGGACUUGACCCAAGCCUUUGAAGAAAAAGAUCUGACCUUUCAAGAUUCUACCAUUUCCCAAGAGGAGAAAUCAGAAGAAGAUAAAAUGGUUGCUGUUAUUCCAAGAACUGAGUCCCAUGAAUCAAUAACAUUCAAGGAUGUGGCUGUGAACUUUUCCAGAGGAGAGUGGAAGAAGCUAGAGCCUUCUCAAAAGGAGCUAUAUAUGGAAGUGCUACUGGAAAACUUCAGGAACCUAGAAUUUGUGGGCUUUCCAGUUUCCAAGUUAGAUUUGAUUUCCCAGCUAAAGUGGGUUGAAUUGCCAUCGCUGCUAGAAACAGAAGAGUCAGAAGGCUCCAGAUCAGAGUGUGAGCCUAGAGAUGAAUUGGAGGUAUCUGUUCAAAAUCAUGAUGUUUCUAUGGAAGAAUUGACUUUAGAUAAAAUAAUAGAAAGGUGCCUCAGGGAUGAUGAUUACGGCUUGAUGGGAGAAUUUUGGAAGCGUUUCGGCCAAUCAAAGGAACAUGGCAAGCAAGGAUAUUCAAAAGGAACAAUUACACAAAAGAAAAUUCAUGGGAGAGUCAAGAAAGGUGAAGAAUUUGAUCUGGAGAAGAGCCCCUUUGGAAAUAAUUUUAAACAAACUUCAGACAUAAUCAAACACCUGAGAGUCUACUUAAGGAAGAAAUCUCGGAGGUAUAAUGAAUGCAAGAAGCCCUUCAGUUUUCAUUCAGACCUUAUUCUGAACCGUAAAGAACAUACUGGGGAAAAAUCACGGAAAGGAAAUGAAAGUGGGAAAGUGUUAAGUCACUCUUCAUCUUUUCCUGAACAUCAGAAACGUCAGAAAAUUUCUUUGGGGGUUAAGUCCCAGAAGUGUACUAAGUGUGGAAUAGACUUUUUCCAGAGAUCAUCCAUUUCUAAGAGAAAAUACACUACAUGUGAAAAAUGUAGGAAGGAUUUAUGUCAAGAUGCAGCCUUAAAUAAAGAUGAGGGAACUGAGACUGGAGAAAAAAACCAUAAAUGUAGUAAAUGUGGAAAAGCCUUUGGCUAUAGUGCCUCGCUCACCAAACAUCGGAGAAUUCACACUGGAGAGAAACCCUAUAUGUGUAAUGAAUGCGGGAAAGCUUUCAGUGACAGUUCGUCACUCACACCACAUCAUAGAACUCAUAGUGGAGAGAAACCCUACAAAUGUGAUGACUGUGGAAAAGGUUUCACCCUGAGCGCUCACCUCAUUAAACAUCAGAGAGUUCAUACUGGAGAAAAACCCUAUAAGUGUAAAGACUGUGGGAGACCCUUCAGUGACAGUUCAUCUCUUAUUCAACAUCAGCGAAUUCACACUGGAGAAAAACCCUACACAUGUAACAAUUGUGGAAAAUCCUUCAGUCAUAGCUCAUCCCUUUCCAAACAUCAGAGAAUUCAUACAGGAGAGAAACCCUAUAAGUGUGGUGAAUGUGGAAAAGCCUUUAGACAGAAUUCUUGCCUUACUCGACAUCAGAGGAUUCACACUGGAGAAAAGCCGUAUUUGUGUAAUGAUUGUGGGAUGACUUUCAGCCAUUUUACAUCCGUCAUUUAUCAUCAAAGACUUCAUUCGGGAGAAAAGCCCUACAAAUGUAAUCAAUGUGAGAAAGCCUUCCCUACUCAUUCCCUCCUUAGUCGUCAUCAGAGAAUUCAUACUGGUGUAAAACCUUACAAAUGUAAAGAAUGUGGGAAAUCCUUCAGUCAGAGCUCAUCUCUUAAUGAACAUCACCGAAUUCAUACUGGAGAGAAACCUUAUGAAUGUAACUAUUGUGGAGCAACCUUUAGCAGGAGCUCAAUUCUUGUAGAACACCUAAAAAUUCAUACUGGAAGGAGAGAAUAUGAGUGUAGUGAAUGUGAGAAGACAUUUAAAAGUAAUUCAGGCCUCAUCAGACAUCGUGGAUUUCAUUCUGGAGAGUAGUUCUGAGAAUAUAGUUAAGAUAGAGGGAAAUUUAGUUAAAAUUGUCCCUUAAAAAAAUCUGAGAUUUAAACUACACAACAUUGAUGGAUAGCUGCAAUUUCGAUGGUUUGGCAGCCAAGUAAAAUUCUUUUUCCCCAUUCAUCCCUCUUUUUAAGGUAUCAACUGCUGGUAAAUAAUAAUCAGGGUGGUAAAGUCAUGUGGAAAGUGAAUAAAGUAGUAUGUGAAUUGAUUCUAAAUGUCCAACUUAAAAUAGAAAAGCUCUUUUCCUCAGAUUUUCCUCUUUGCACCUUCCCUUCCACCCAUAUGGUGUGAUGGAAAGAACUGGAGUGGAGUCAGGUAAGCUGAGUUCUGUCCCAAUAGACAGGCCAGUGUACUCUAUAACCUUAGA